AAUAUUUACUACGGUAUGCAUUUCAAAAGUUAAAACAAAGAGAAAAAGUUUCAACCUAUCAACAAAUGUCGGUGACUUGCGUAUAUACAGGUGCAAUCGACAUGCGUACACGGCACAAUAUAAAUCAUUAAAAAAUACUUUACAGCAAAACAUAUACCAACUCACUCCUGCAAAAGUUUUUUAAAAAUGUAUUAUAGUGUUCCGGUCAAGUCUAGACAACAAUCCCGGCUGUGUUUAAUGGAUCCAAAUAUUCCGAUUUUGUUUGUUUUUGUUUUAUUUUACGCUGUAUGUUGGCCAAUAUUGAUAUUUAACAGAGCAAAAAAUGUUGGAACUCAAAAAUAUCUGCUGCAUUUCGGUCCAUAGACGUAUGUUUUCUGGUCUUUAGUAUGUUCCGUUAUUACUUGACUACCCACAAUCCCUUAGUCAACAUGGAUCCUGUGUCGUGUAUUUCCUGUUAGUUGUCAACCCUACCCGGUUUUCCUCGUCCCGAUUUUCCUUUGUUUAUCAUUCCACGAUGGCAACAUGACGGUGAUAGCAGCAUGCAGCCGCUUCCUGCGUCGGUAUUUGUUCUGCCAGGAAGCUCUGAUCUUCUUUGUUUUAUUUGUGAUCGUCUACAAUUCACUGUUCCACGUCAAGCCAAUAUGGCGAUAUUUUCAAAGAGCAAAACUGAAAAUGCAACUUCGAUUGAAUGGACCGAAUAACACAUACAAUAAGAUUCCAGCUUCCCUUAGCUUUCCGGAGACUGAAGAGAAAAAGGCCUCGUGGGAUUUGAGGAAACCAAAUGCUGCUGUAUAUGCUAUCCAGGGGCGACGCCCACACAUGGAAGACAGGUUCAACAUUGUCAGUCGUCUAGAGCACACAGGCACAUCGAUCUAUGGAGUGUUUGAUGGACAUGGAGGAGAGUUUGCGGCUGACUUUGCAGAGAAGACUUUGUUUAAAAGUAUAAUGAUUCGGCUGCUGAAGGCAUCCCUUGAUGAACAGACAGAGAAUUUCACGUCAAUGCUAACACAGGAGAUGCUAAAUGUGGACAACCAGCUUUUAGACAUUGCACGAUCAAACAUGGACAUCUCAGGUUCUACAGCUUUGGUAGCCCUCGUGAAAGAUGGUAAACUUACCGUGGCAAACAUUGGAGAUUCACGAGGUGUUCUUUGUGACAAGGAGGGCAGGAGCAUACCACUGUCUUAUGACCACAAACCUCACUCGGUAAAGGAGAAGAGGAGAAUAAAAGAAGCUGGAGGUUUUGUGAGUUUUAACGGUGUGUGGAGAGUAGCCGGUGUUUUAGCCACAUCACGAGCACUUGGUGACUACCCCCUCAAAGACAAGAACCUUCUCAUUGCCGAACCAGACAUCCUUAGCUUUGACUGCAAGGAAAUACAACCUCAGUUUAUCAUCUUAGCAACAGAUGGAUUGUGGGAUGUGUUUGGUAACCAGGAAGCUGUGGAUUACAUCAAAGAGAGGCUGCAUGAGCCUCACUUUGGUGCCAAGAGUCUAGUGCUACAGGCCUAUUACCGUGGUUCACUAGACAAUAUAUCUGUGAUGGUUGUUAAAUUUGAUACAAAUUCAGAUCUGUUGAGGUAGUAAAUGUCCAAAACAAUUUUUGAAAAUAUAUGAACUUGAGUCUUUGUAUGUGUUCAAAUGAUGAAGAUCAUGAUCUGAUCUUGUAAGCUGUGUACAUAUGUAAAAAGUUGUUUUUUUAUGAUUUUGAAAAUGUCAAAGUCAUUUUUUUCCCAAGAGUGCUUAGAUUUCAUAUUUUUAAGACAAGAGAUAUUAUGAAAUAUGUAUAGAAACAAAUAAAAUGAAAUUAUGAUGACAAAUAUUCUGUUAAUUAUAAUGAUGAUUUCAUGUUUUUUUAUUCUAUAGAUUAUUAAACAAAUUCCCAACCUUAUCCAGAACCUUGAUGCGUUUUAAAACCCUGGACAUUUUUAAUGACUUAGUUUAGAAAGUGAAAGUGAAUGCAAGAUUGUCAAUAUUUUACUGAUUUGAGUAUGAAUCAGAUUUUAGAAACUCCUUACUUGUCAUAAAUCUAUGUGAAAACCAAUAGUCUGUGGCCCGUAUUAUUUUUAGAGUUUUUCACUUCGAGGGACUACACACAAAGUAAAGGUAGAUAACCCUGUGCUGUUUAUGCUGUUGUGAAUAUUAAGGUUGUGCAUGCUCAAAUUAAUAUUUUUGUAUUAUACCAAGUCUCAAAAUUCUACGCAGAUGGGCCGGUAUGCUUUUUAGAGGAUGUUCUGCUACUUUACUCAUCCUGCAAUAAGCCAAGGGGGACACACAUAAUAUUCAACUCAGAUUAUAGAUGGAGGGGCUUAUCACAGGGCAAAGUAAAUGUAUUUGUUAUUUCAGCUGAACUAAAACAGUAAGGGACAGGGUUAUUACAAGUUAUAGGCUUAUUGCCAGAAUGGUAAAAAAUGAUAUUCAUUUCUUUUUUGCUGUCACGCAACAAGACUGCUAACAGUAUGAAAAGGGCAUUAAAACAUAUUUACACCUGAAUGUUCCGUGAAAACCUAAAACAACUGAUUAAUUUGUGUAUGUUAACUGUACCGGCGAAAUCAAAGUUUAUUUCAUUAUCACUGACAGUUGAUGAAAAUGUUUUAUCAGAUUUAUACACAAUAUCAUUUUUGUAAGUGUAAGGUCAUAUAUCAAAUAAACCCAAGUUUCCUCUGACCCUGGCACCAGGCUUGGACAUUCUGAGAGAUAGAUAUUCUACAUCAGAUAUCUCUCUGUGAGAAUUUCAAAGUCUGAUGUAAAUGUAGAUCUAUCUUCAGUAUCUGUGAGAAUGUCAAAUUCUAGUGUUGGUAUAGAUCUAUCUUCAGUAUCUGUGAGAAUGUCAAAUUCUAGUGUUGAUAUAGAUCUAUCUUCAGUAUCUGUGAGAAUGUCAAAUUCUAGUGUUGAUAUAGAUCUAUCUUCAGUAUCUGUGAGAAUGUCAAAUUCUAGUGUUGAUAUAGAUCUAUCUUCAGUAUCUGUGAGAAUGUCAAAUUCUAGUGUUGAUAUAGAUCUAUCUUCAGUAUCUGUGAGAAUGUCAAAUUCUAGUGUUGAUAUAGAUCUAUCUUCAGUAUCUGUGAGAAUGUCAAAUUCUAGUGUUGAUAUAGAUCUAUCUUCAGUAUCUUUGAGGAUGUCAAAUUCUAGUGUUGAUAUAGAUCUAUCUUCAGUAUCUGUGAGAAUGUCAAAUUCUAGUGUUGAUAUAGAUCUAUCUUCAGUAUCUGUGAGAAUGUCAAAUUCUAGUGUUGAUAUAGAUCUAUCUUCAGUAUCUGUGAGAAUGUCAAAUUCUAGUGUUGAUAUAGAUCUAUCUUCAGUAUCUGUGAGAAUGUCAAAUUCUAGUGUUGAUAUAGAUCUAUCUUCAGUAUCUGUGAGAAUGUCACAAAUCUGGUGUUGAUAUAGAUCUAUCUUCAGUAUCUGUGAGAAUGUCAAAUUCUAGUGUUGAUAUAGAUCUAUCUUCAGUAUCUGUGAGAAUGUCAAAUUCUAGUGUUGAUAUAGAUCUAUCUUCAGUAUCUGUGAGAAUGUCAAAUUCUAGUGUUGAUAUAGAUCUAUCUUCAGUAUCUGUGAGAAUGUCAAAUUCUAGUGUUGAUAUAGAUCUAUCUUCAGUAUCUGUGAGAAUGUCAAAUUCUAGUGUUGGUAUAGAUCUAUCUUCAGUAUCUGUGAGAAUUUCACAAAUCUGGUGUUGAUAUAGAUCUAUCUUCAGUAUCUGUGAGAAUGUCACAAAUCUGGUGUAUAUAUAGAUCUAUCUUCAUUUUCUGGGAGAAUGUCACAAAUCUGGUGUUGCUAUCUAUCUGAGAAUGUCUUGAAGUUCGGUGUCAGGGCCAGAGGAAGCUCAGGCUAAUAUGAAAUAUAAUUAGGAGGUAUAAUCCAUUGAGAUAAAUUAUUACUGAUUAUUUUGCCAUCAUCUUUAUUUGUGCUUAUUUGUUAUAUUAUUGUUAAUACGUUACAUGCUGUUCACAAAUGUAUGCCAUUAUUGACAUUUUGUUUUAUUUACCAUAACUGUCACACAGCUUUACUUAAACCAUGAUCAACUUCAAAAAGUGUAGAUAUCUGUUAACAUCUCUGCAUAUAGUUAUCAAAUAUCUGCUAUUCAAAUCUCCUUAAACUCUAUUAAUUAUAUGUUUAACUGUUUUCAAUUUUACUGGUUGUGUAAAAAAAAAACUGAAAAAUCUUUCUAUAUGGCGCCACUGUAGCAAGACUAAUUAUAUCAUUAACAUAAUUCAUUUGAUAUUUAGAUUUAUCAUUAUGAUUAUUGAUUUUUUUUUUUCUGUAAAUAUGUAUAUACAUAUGACAAGUUUGUAUACAUUCUAUGAAGCAGUUGCUAUUAUGAAUUCUAGAAGGUAUACCAAUUUAAGUUCAAUAACUACGAAAAUAUCGGCAAUAAUUUCAUUUUCACUUAAUGAAGUUUGGUAUUCUGAAUCCUGUCUAUUGAAAACUAUCUAUGCAUGAGUUUUGAUGAGUGAUAAUUGACUUGGAUGAAGAUUUGUUAAAAACAUGUAUGUAUAUUUAAGACAUACAUUUUCUGCGUACUAGUACUGUUAGAAGUUAUGCUGAUGUGUGGUAUUGUUGUAAUUAUGUGUAUACUCCUGUUUUGUUGGAAUUUGAUUAUAACAUGUAGGAGUAAGAGACUACCAUUCCUUGUUAAUUUUAACUUACUUAGAUAUGUGAUAUAAGUAGUAUAUUAUAUAGAUAUGUAUAUUGUAAAUCUUUUAAACAGGAUUUAAUGUACCAUUUUAGAUAUCAUUAUUUUUUUUUAUUUGAAUUAAAUCUAAAUUCAUGAUCAUGAAAGUUUCUGUGAACCAAUAUUUAGACAUUUUAAAGGAACAUCAUUGCUGCCAUAAUGUCAAUAUACGUCAUAUUUUUAUAAGGAUUUGUCUGUCUCAAAGAAGAUUUGAUUUACAUGUUCUUUGAUGGAAAAUGUUAAGUCCUUCAGUUUGUAAAGGUUAGAUUUAACUUGAGAGCUGAAAUUUUAUUCAUAUUUUGAUAAUUUUAUGAACUUUCUUUAUAUGGAUUGGUGGAUCUACAUGGUAACGUCCAGAGUUAUAUACAGUUGUGUUCAUUAUAAACUAUAUCUCGUAGAAUACUGUUGAUAAUUUUUUUGUCGUAAUAGAAUUCUCUCAGACUUUAUAUAACAGUAUAUUUUCCAAUGUACAGUGUAUAUCCAUGUAUAUACUGCUAGGAAGAUAAUUUUGAAAACAUUACGCUGUAAAAUAACUGUAUUACGAUUGUAUAUAUCAAAGAUCUAAUACGAGAGGUCAUAUUAUUGAGAUUUUACCAAAUUAUCUGAUUCUUUUAAAUUAAUGAAUGGGUGUAAGGUUUCAUUUAUAUUAAAACUUGAGAAACAAAUGUUUUUCAAAGAUUGGCAGAAUACAGUUUCUCACUUUUGAAUACGUGUAUUAGGUUUAACGUUACAAUUUAGCAAGUCCGUGGGCGUCUAUCAUAUAAUAUCUAAAUAUAUCUACAUAUAUAUACUUCUAUACCAACUUUACAGAAAUAGAUGCAAAUGAUUUGCUAUUUAUAGUUAUUUUUUGUAAGAUGGUCUUGUACAAGAAAUGAUCACACAUCCAAACAUCAUUCUAUAUUUAAACAAUUAAAUUUUGCAGUAACCUUAUACUGUAACUUAAAGGUCAAUUCAAGUACAGCACCUAAAUUAUAUCGUCCAGUAAUCUGUAACAUUUAAUGACAAUGUUGCAUGAAAAAUUAUAUCAUAGUCACUGAAUGCCAAGUUCUGUUGCAUUCAUAGUGCUGUAAAUGCAAUGACGAUUUGUAAAGUUCAUUUAAGUACAAUAGAAAUAUAUUACAUAUUGAUUUGUGGUUGUGCAGAAGUUGGACAUGUUUCAUUUUACUUGUAUACGGUUGUUGAUUGUGAAAUUAUCACAAAAUGGUGAUUUUAUGCAAAGUACUCAAUACUGUGUGUUGUAGAUGACUUUUGUAUAUUGGCAUAUCAGAUUUAUUACUAGUUCAUGCCGAUUUGAUGUAUAUUUCAUAUGAAUUUAGAUGCAAUACUUAAAGUGCAAUAUAUAAAUGUUUAAUGGUUUGAUACAUGUUUGAUUGACCUGAUUAAACUACAGAUCACCAUUAUCUACUAUGUUAUAAAGUGUAUAAUGAUGAUCUGUAUUUUAAUUAGAUCAAUUUAUAAGUAUUGGUUUGGCUUAAUUUAAUGCUGUAAAAACCUAUUUUAUGAAUAUAUGAUUAAAAAAAUAUAUAUAUAAAUAAAAAUAUUUCAGAAAUGCUA